UUCGUCAGAGAAGACGCUUUUGUGAGGUCACUGUGAUCCGGGGGCGAAGGAGCUUCGCUGCUAUAAAACCGUCCUCACGGCCCAGUGGAAGAAAAGCAGCGAACCGAAAGGGAAACCAUACAAAGCGAACACACGUUGAAAGAAAGAGAAAACAAACAAACAAACAAACAAAAUGGUGAAGAUCACGUUCCAGCCCGUGUCGGCGCAGAAGCGUGAGAAAGAGACAGAGGAAGACAAGAUCAUUGUGCCUCAGGCUCACGAGCAGCUGAUUCUUCCUGUCCGGUCCAAGAAGCCAUUUCCAACCGGCCUGUGCUGCCUCACCUUUGGCCUGGUGGUUUUCCUGUCAGGGCUGGUGCUGGCCUCGGUCUACGUCUAUCGCUACUACUUCAUACCUCAGCAGAUGCCAGAAGACAGCUUGUUCCACUGUCGGGUUGUCUACGAGGACUCUGUGUACGCUCCGCUGAGGAACAGACAGGAACUGGAGGAGAACGUCGGCAUCUACCUGGAUGACAACUACGAGCAGAUCAGCGUGCCUGUGCCGCACUUCGGUGGUAGCGAUCCCGCUGAUAUCAUCCACGACUUUCACAGAGGCCUCACAGCUUAUCAUGACAUCGCUUUAGACAAGUGCUACAUCACCGAGCUGAACACGACCAUGGUGAUGCCUCCGCGUAACCUGUGGGAGCUGCUCGUCAAUGUCAAGAGAGGCACGUACCUUCCUCAGACUUACAUCAUUCACGAGGAGAUGAUGGUGACGGGGAGGGUGAGGAACAUGAGGCAGUUGGGCCCGUUCAUCCACAGACUCUGCUACGGCAAAGAAACGUACCGCCUCAGACGACGCAGUCAGCACCGACGUAUUGAGAGGCGCGAGGCGAAGCGGUGCCACAGCAUUCGUCACUUUGAGAACACGUUUGUGGUCGACACCGUCAUCUGCGACAGGCUCUAAAAUCUGAGACGGAAAUCAAAGCCAAGCAAUGCUGAAGGCAAUUUCAAAUCUUACCUCUUGAAUUAUUUAGUCUUUUAAACUGCACUUUAAGAGCAAGUGUUUGUCCAGCAGUUUCAGUUUGUCUUUUUUCUUUUGUUUUUAAAUUCAGAGUGCGUUUGCUCUGUGUGUUUGGAUGACGUUAUUAAUGUGAUUGAAUACACCCGUAGCUUGUCAUGUUAUGCAAAAAGCAACUUAAUGUAAAUGUUUGUUGGUUUGUGACAUUUCCAUCAGAGGACGUUAUUGUCACUUGGUAACCCAGUGCUCUGUGGGUGACGGACUCGGUACUUGGAAGCUGCUUGCACUGUGCACUCCUGUGAAUAUUUGUUUUACUUUCAAUUCUUUUUUUUGUUUCGUUUUUGGGAUGCCAGGAAAUGGCAAACAUACCUCAUGUAGUUCAGACGUUUCUUUGCUGGUUUGUAAUCAUUACUGAAUGGUGUACAUAAUCUUUUGAUUGUUCCUAAGCAAUAUCGACUGUAAAUUGAUUUUCUUUUAGAUUUCCUAUUGUUACAUGCAUAGAUUUUUAUCUGAAAUGAACCUGUUUUGUGCAAGAUCAUCCCGUUAUGUCUCUUAUACACUUCCCUACUCUUUCGAUAUUAAUGGCUUUAGACUGUAUUUAGUAGCAGUGCUUCAGAGGAGACGAGAGGAACCAAAAUCUGCAGUCGGCGACCCUACACAUAGUGUCAUAUAUGAAAUAUGUAGAAAGAAUGCUUUAUAGUCUAGAUCACUCACUGUAGAUUAUAUCAAAGGCUAGAAUUUUCUUUUCUUUUUACUUUGUCUGUCGUCAUUAGCUCUCACCACUUCCCGAUUCUUUCUUUCCUGUCAUACGAUGUUGAUUUGUCCCAACUUGAAACAAAGAUGUCUUUUUUUAAUGUGCACCAUGGAACGAUACAAGUCUCCGUCGAGAGCUGUGAUUAUGUGCUCAUACAUCAAAGACUAAGAUAACAGAUUUCGCUGUACAGUUGAUUUUUCUUGUAAUAUCUUGCUGCUUUAAGAAUAAAUAAUCACUCUUUA